AUGGUGGAAAUUCUCCCAGUCUCGCCCGUUGUGUGGGAUGGCAUGACCAAGCACUGGUGGCAAUUUGUUCUUAUCGGGAUCCUCCUGGCAAGCAUCGGGCUUGGUGGGACCUACAUUUUAUUCUCCGUGGGACGUCGGCUGUGGAGAUAUUACAAGUUAAAACCACGGUUAGAGACCAUACCAGCAAGUGUGUCCCGACGACUAGAACAGCUCUCUAAUCGAGAGCUUGAUUUAACAAAUGCUGUCAUCACCAAGCGGAAGCCAACCUCGUUUGGUGUAUACCUUGGAACUUUCGGUUCGCCCCCGAGCGAGGACGAAUCCCGGAUUCUGGGCCAAUGGGACAUAUUAGUCCUCGACCCGUCCCAGCCGGGUGUCGCUAAUGCCAUUCUGUAUAGCCGAAGACGGAAAGUUCUCGGGAGGGUCAACCUUGACCUGAUACUUGCAAACAACGACUCGCCUUUGUCAGCGCUGGGCAAGAUCGAGAGUUCCAUCGCUGCGUCUUUCGACGGUGCAGCGUUCAAUGGCAUUCUUCUGGCAAAUUGGGAGGACAAGCUCAGUCCCCGUAUCUGGAUCCGACUCUGUGAGAUUAUUCAUAGUCUGGGUCUGGAAGUGUAUCUGGAGACCGGACCCCCUCACUUCCUGAAGGACCGCAAGUCCCUGCAGUCCACCGCGAUUGCCGGGCUGGUCAUUCGGAAUGCCAGCAUCAUGCCCCAGGGUCAAAAGCGGGACUAUUUCCGAAUGGCCGACAUGCAGUCCACCAUCAAAGCGUUUGUCUCCGAGUCGUGCAUGCGAGAUUUUGCAGUGAUGACAUGGGAGACUGUGGACGACAAUGCCACUCUUUCUAAUGCGGUUGUCCAGCGAUCUUUUCAGUGGUGCAACUUUUACAGCGCGAUUCCCUGGAUUGGUCGGACGUCCGCCCUGCACAAUGCUACUCUCAAUGUGAAGGUUCACGAACCUCUCUCGGCCUUUGGGUGGUUGAAGGAUGCCGAGAUCAUGAAAUCGCAUGAUAAGUGGCGUUCCAACUUGCGCGUUUCCAGCAAUGCGGUCGAGACAGAUGCUUGGGAUACGCUGCUUCAGUCUUUCCCCUCCCUGGAAGGUUACCUGUCCUCCUCCGAGUCCCAUCAAGUGGUCGCCGACGAAAUGACCACUAGCGUUCGUGAACCUCCAGAGUGGGUGGCCCAGGUAAAAUCGCAAGGCAGCCCACUAUCGAUAUCAAUGACUGGCGUGGAAUACAAGGCCUUUGGCUGUUUCCCCCUGGGCUCCGAGACGUCUGCUUCCGCUUUUGCAGAGAUCCUACAGUCCCAACAGCGACUCAAAACCCUCAAUUUGCUACAUCCGGUUCCAUCCUCCAAGGUCCAUAGCAUCGGCCAGCUCCUCAGGCACUUCCACGAUAACUACGUGGUUUCGCAUUGGGCGGCUUCCGAGCAACUCGCUGCCGCCGUCAAAGAGCUAACAAAUAUGGCAAAUGAUGAUUUACUACGAAUCAAUCUUUGCCUCGACUCCGGAUUACGCCAGAGCACCGGUGUGCGUUUCUGGUCUGUCUACCAAUUGGAUGCAGACGGCCUGGAAGUGUAUGUGUCGAAGAACGCCCAAGGUCUAGCUGGGACUGUGUUGCACACUUUCCUAUCCGCCAAGGGCUUUCCGCGCCAUGUGAGCUUUGAGGCAGAGACCGCUCUCGCAAGGUGGUCCAAGGAUGUCGCUGAGGGCACCGAUCUGCCCCAGCGAAUCAUCCAAGAUAUUGACUUACUGAGCCCGGAGGAACGACUACUUCUGCUGCAACAUUUGACACUGACAGACGCAACGAGCGAAAUGUCCGAGACUAUUACUUCAUAUAUUCGGCAACAGCUUAUCGAUAUGCCAUCACUAGGUCAGCUGAAGGAGCUCAACACCGUUUCUUACCUGGAUGGAUCGAUUGCCUCCAGUGAUGUGGUCAAGACACGCGUCGACUGGUAUCGCCAACAGGGAUGCCCACAUCCUGCUAUAUCAACAUGUUUUGCUCUGUUCCAGGAGACCGAUACUAUCUUGACAAAGAUCUUGAAGGAACGCCGUGAAACCGAGCUUGCUUCCAUAUCUAAAGCUCUCGGAAGUCUACUUCAGGCGGGCCAGGUCGAUGCGUAUAUAGAUAUGAUGGCGCUUUCCCUAUUCUGUGCGGCCAGGAAGGGUGCGUUGGAUGAAAUCUACACCGAGGUAACUGACCGAAAUCCACUGUUCAAUAACCAAUCCGACCAGGCGGCCGCUUUUGCCGAGUCCUUUGCUCUGGGAUCCCGCUGUGAAGCCUAUUUCGACAUCUCGCCUAGUGCGUUUGGAAAGCUCUUGUUGGAUCGCUUCCGGAGACAGUACUCCGACGAAGAGCUUCCUAAUUGGAUCAAUGGCGCCCCCGAGAUGGCAACAGCAUACGCCGGCGCGCAGAUCGACGUCAACCCAGAUGACAAAGUCAAGCCAUUGCCUGGAUACCAGCGGUUUACCUUUCUCGGCGUCUUUGCCUUUCCUGCUCUGAUCGACAUAGUUUUGCUCACGAUCAUUGGGCGUGGACUAUACCUUUCAGCCUUCAUGACUUAUGAUGAACAGCAGAGUGCCACUAUUGCUCUGAUGAUUUCUCUCCUGCUAUCCGGUGGAAUCGGCACAUGGAUUGCCUGUGGAGGGCCUUAUUAUCUCAUCUCCAUGGCUUUUGCAGCGGCGAACAUGUUCGUUCUCAUCAGGCUCAUCGCCGGUAUCGCGUUCACCAUUGCAGGUGGAUUAAUAGGGUUUCUUGUCAUUGCUGGGGUGAAGGGCCCUCGCGCAGGAAUCGUCUUCUACUUAUAUCUUAUCUCGUUGACGAUUUAUUUCUCUGCUUUCGCAUCACUGGCCAGCUUCAGUUAUCCGAACAGCUCCUUCCUCUCCGGUCGCAAGGUCAUCUUCGCCUGUAUCCCGAUUCUCUUCGUUUCGCCGGUCAUUACAACAUUUGCCGGGAACGAUUCGGUCAUUUACAUUGCUGUCAUGUACAUCUUCAUCGGAGUUUUGCUAUUUGGCCUCCGAGGUGCUGCUUCGAAAUGGGUUACGUGGUAUCAGGAUAUCAGGCGUACUGAUGAUACCGAAAUUCGGAAAUGGUAUAUCGCCGCGCAUGGGAAUAACGACGAGAAGGUUUUCGGUAAUCUGAGUGACCCUGCUGUUCUCAGGCUAUCCAGAGAGGCGCUGCUUAAGGACGUCCUGGCUGAAAAGAACCGGGGUAUUUUCUCGAGGCCAACCACCGAUACACUGGUCCUUGAACUCUCGAGAGACUGGGAAUCCACCAAUUUUCUCCUCGACUGGUAUUGCAGGUAUGCCGAUGUGGCUCGACCGAUUCCGUUUAGUUCUGGGUGGAAUAUCCAAACAAAGGUCGCCCUCGACACUCUUCGAAGCUCCCAGAAAGGUAUCCGUCUCCACAACGCAUUCAUCCACUGGCGCCAGUCGAGCGAAGAAAUCGGAUGUGGUAUUUUGUACUUCAUCAUCGCUCUCCUCGAUAAAUGGGUGGACUUGCUAAGUGGUGGCCACAACCUUGGUCUGGCCCCAGCCCUGAAUGAUGCUAAUCGUAUGGCUGUGGGAUUUGGUCUGGCAUACUACCUGAUCGGUGCUGUUCUCAUUGAUACCAAGGCCCAAGCGCUCCAUGAUCUUGUUGGUAGCCACACAGCCAUGGCUGUGCAGACGUCAAAAGACUUACGGAUUUCCCAAAAGCGUGAUAUCAAGUUCAAGAGAAAGGUGUACUGGAAGACCCUUUUCAAGUUUCUGAUGUGGCAUGUCUGGAGUCUCGCAUUUUCAACGGCUCUCAUAUGGACAUUCCAGUCUACGCUCGAAGCCAUGAUCAUUUUUUGCGCCUACGUGCUGGCAUACACCGGCUUGCUUUGGUACCAGUAUACGAAGAUCUUUACGGGCCCUCACGCAUUGAAACCUCUCGUCUGUGGGGCGAUCGUCGGUCUGUCCGUUGGUAUUGCUCUCAAGGUCCGCUUGCCAGAGGAUUUCCUAUACUCGCAGGUCAUUGGCCUCGGUGCUGCUACCUGGACGGUUGCCAUUCUCUCGCUCUUUACGGCCAAGAUGGGCAUGCCGAAAAGGAUCGACUCUCCGGUGGAACUGGGGAAAACAUUCCACGCCCAUACCGCCCCGUGGUCAGACCCCGAAUGGUCCCAGCAGGAAUUGCAGACUUUCUUCGAGGGGAUUUCUCGUGUCCCACAAGACUCCCGGCUCAAGCUCCACCCUAACGCCCAUCCUGGGAUUGAGAUCAGAACUAUCUUGACAUCCCGUAGGAUGGAGCCAAGGAUCGAAGAGGCGUUUCCCAGCUCCGACGAUCUUGUGAAUCUGGCACUGGAUUCGUGGACAAGCGGCCAAAUCUCAAUGGACCUUGUUCCUGUAGGCUCUCUGGGCCCCAAUAUCAAUGCGCUCAGCUGCAACGAUGGAAAUCACUUGAAGAUUGCCAUUUGUGUCGGCCGCGGGUUGGACGAGCGCAUCGAGGUCAGCGCGAAUUGUCAAGUCGUCGCUGAGACUCUCCUACAUGCGGUUGCCGAAACACACUUGAAGAUGCCACAUGAGUACGCUACCCUUGCUGAAUCGCUUGUCACGGCAGGUAUCACCAAGACCACUGCACGACAACUCCGCGAUGGAAUCAACACUCCGGCUUCGUUGCUGGAUCGCUGCAUUGGCAAACCCUGCCAGCUGUCCGACGAUGGCGCAAAAUGGCUUCAGGCAAGACUUUGCCGCUUCGACACUAAAGACCUCGCGGUUCACGUUGCGAGAAGCAACCUUGGAGCCGCCACCGCGGUCGGUGUUCUCGAUUAUGCGCAUUGCGGAACCGGUGAAUCCACUGUGACCAAGGACUUCAACACCGCAGCAUACAUCCCGUAUAUCUCAAAAUUGCCUCCUCUAGUCGUCUCCAUUGUCCAGCGACCACUCAGCUCCUUGUGGCACAAGAUCGGUGCGGCCGUUAAGUUCACUGUCGUGGCUCUAAUCGCGGAGCCUGAGUUUCAAAGGGAGCUGAACUACAUCAUGAGUUGCCGUUCUGCCUUCGUUCGAGUGCCGCUAGUAUAUCUUUUGAACUUGGUUUGGACCUACGCCAAAAUCAUGCAAGACAUCGGCCUCUCGUUCUUCCUUUUCUACGGCCGACGCAAUGUUAAGCAGCUCUGGAACGAAACGAAGGGCAUGACUAUCGCGAUCAAGAAAAACCGAUACCGAGUCCAAGGCUUGGACGGGACUUUCACGGCAUUUAGACACAAUGAACCGGACGGUGGCUUUAAAGUCUACUACUACCUAGGGGAGCACAGAACGGAGCCUGAUGGAACCAAGCAUCUCAACCAUGUGAGCACCUACUCCAAAGACAUUUUGUUGCUCGUUCGACAGGAGUUCAAAGACGGGAAGCUCUUCAAUGAGUUCCACUACGACUAUCGCGUACCAGCGAGGAAAGUCUUGUCCUUGUCCAAGAUCUCAGAGUCCAAGAUCCCAAUGGGUCGGCGUUGUGUACGAGGGCAAGACAAGCUACAGAGCAUUCAGUACAACCGCAAGGGACUCAUCGAGGCUGGAUCUUACAUGAAAGAUAGCAAUCUCAUUCGCUUCAAAUACCAUUACCGGAAGAACCCCCGGUUCGGCGACGAGCUACUCCGAGCCGAGUUUGCCCUCUCGCACAUCACAUGUACUGUUUCUUGGUGUGCACCUCCCAUCCGGCAUCCUGAGAAGGUUGAACGGUGGAUUCCUCAUUCCAAGGUUACGGAGGCAACAUUCGUUCAGGGCGCCGAUGUCUAUGAGUCUCGCUGGCUUUACGAUCACAAGUUCCACCCGAUGAUUUUCACGACGCUCAAUGGACAGAAGAUCCAGACACCACCAAUGAUUGAACAUGACUUCCUGGCCGUCCUCGCGAAGCCACGAUACACAAGCUUUGUCCACGACAACCCACUCAUAUACUGCGAGAGCCUUAGUUCGAACGUCAUGACGCGAUUUUUCGGGCUGACCACUAAGCGCUUCCCAGUAUCGACCUCUCGCGCUCGUUCGCAGAUUUGGAAGGCCUGGAAAGAUCGCGUUGACUUUGACGGUAUCAUUGUUCGCUGGAUGGACGACCGACUCCUGCGACGGGACAAGGCCCUGGCGCCGUACUGGCGCAGCCGCGAUCGCGGUGAUCUGGCGUCGGCGAAGAAAUACCUGGAGCUUCGCGCAGACAGUGUCACCGCCAGUGCAGACCUCGAUGAUAGUAUCUCCAGCUGGACUCCGCUCGCUGUGAAAAUCAGCGAUCUUUUCAACUUUGGGCCCGGGGGCGAUGCCGUGGUCAACACCCGGUCGAAGGAUUUUGGAUCCGAUACCGAGAAGUCUUUGCAUUGGCACAUGAUCUGCGAAUCUGCGAACGACUUUGGAGUUCCCAAACACCAGACGGAGCAGAACAUCCUCUCGCUGAAGGUCAUUCCGCUCUGGGGGCUUGACUUCCUCACUCCGACGCACGGUCUGUUCAGAAACAAACUAGACUCCGAGGUGGACAAUGUCACUUCGGCCAGCGAUGUGGAUAUCAAGUUGAACUUCAUCCCGAUCUUGACGGCGCUGGUGAAGGGCGCACGCGCCGUACACCUCUCUAGAGCUGAUAUUAACCAGGCGACCCGCGCUUUGGUCAACCUGAACACUUACUUUCAGGAAUCGCGUCAUUGGACCCAGAUCUGGGAUAGCGAAAUUGUCAAGGAGAGUUGGCGUGACCUCUGGCUCACCCAGAAGAUGUCGAACAGUAUUCCCUCGUCUGAAUGGUUCCAGACAGAAUUACCCACGUUGGGGUCCCUCGACACUGCCCUGCAGCUCUGGUACCGGUAUCUGUUCAUCUUUUCAAUCCCGAUCCCCGAAAAGAUUCCAAGCGUGUUCCAGGCGUCCCAUCAUAGCGUGAGCGCGUCCUAUGGGGUUAUUUGCAAGCUCAAACGCAGUUGCACUCUUCAGAUAUGGGACCACGCCAUUAGCUGGCGCGAGACAAACCUGUGUCUGUCGUCUGCUCUCUGCAAGCUUUCGCCGUUCGUCCGCAAUUGCUUGCUGGGUCUGAUGCGCAUUACUUCUGUCGUCACACUCCACCACGCGGAUAUCAUCCUGCCCUGUGCCGAUUUCUUUAACCCAGGCUGGGAGGUCGAAAUCGGAACCUGCCAAGGGACAAUUGAGCAUCGCAAUAUCUUCCGCCGCAAGGUCGACCCCGUCGUCAACGGUAUCACUGACAUGCAGAAGUUUGCUCCGGUGAAGGAGAUCAAGUCCCAACGCCCGACUGUCACCAUGCUGUCCCACGUUUGGUACGCCAAGGAUAUCAAAACCGCCCUUCUGGCUGCCGACAUCAUCAUCAACCAGUGGAAGUUUGACGACUACCAUCUGGACAUCUACGGGGCCAUCGACAAAGCACCGACAUACUCCACUGAAUGUCAAGAGAUCAUUGCAUCAAAGGGCCUCCGUGGCAAGGUUACUUUGCGCGGGACCGCAGACCCGAUGAAGGUCCUCGAAAACACCUGGCUCUUCCUCAACUCGUCGCUCUCCGAAGGCCUUCCCCUAGCUCUCGGUGAAGCAGCUCUGACCGGCGCCCCAGUAGUGUGCACCGACGUCGGCGCCUCGCUCCGAGUCCUAAGCGACCCAGACGACUUCUCGCGAUUCAGCGCCGUCGUCGCACCAAACGACGCGCAAGCCCUCGCAAAGGCGCAAAUAUCCAUGCUCGGCCUCCUUGGCGAAUGGGCCAAAUACGCCGAAGACGCAGAAGAAGCCCCCGUCCUCACCUCCUCCCCGACCCCGGAAGACGUCGCCCGCAUCACCCGCCGCAUGUACGACAAGAGCGACCUCCGCCGCAAACUCGGCAUGAUGACCCGCAAGAUCGUCCAAAAAUCCUUCAGCGGCGACCGCUACCUCCGCGAACACGAGCAAAUGCUCUGGAUCGGCAAGUCCGCGAAGCUGAUGUCUUCCCGACCCACCAACGCCUCCAGCGAGCCCACAGACGUCGCAACAGCCCUCCAGCAGGACCCGCUCCCCAUCGAAGAAGAAGUCAUCACGAUCCCAACCAGCGCCGUGCAAUCAUGGCGCUCCUCCGCCGCCUCGGGCAUCACAAGCGCCUACAGCUUCCCCUCAGAAUACCCUAUGCUCAGCCACGGCCCAAACAGCCACCACGCCUCCUCCGUCCGUUCGGGUCUGAGCAAUCUCUCCACAGACACGGACUCUUUCCUGCCCUUUCUUAGCAGCGCCUCCCUCCCUGUCUUCGCCCCCCGCAGCGGCCUCUCCCAUCACUCCGGCGGCACCAGGUCCCCUCCCUUUGGCCGCCACGGCCGCAAUAGCGGUCAUCAUUCCCGCACUAUCUCCUUGUCCACUGCCGGCCGCGAGCAACUGCGUGGUCUCCAGCGGGACGACCUCCGCCGGUAUCGCAAUUCGGAUAUCAGUGCGAUUAUGCACGAUGAGUUCCUGCAGUCUAUCGUUUGCAGGAACCUGGAGGACGGGUACCGCAGUUCUUGA